AUGGCCACCCUGCAGAAAUCUGCAAGCUUUUCCCUUAUGGGGACUCUGGCUGCCAGCUGCUUUCUUCUCAUUGCCCUGUCAGUGCGGGAAGGAGCAGCUGUGCCCAUCAGGUCUCACUGCAGGCUUGACAAGUCCAACUUCCAGCGGCCAUACAUCACCAACCACACCUUCAUGUUGGCUAAUGAGGCUAGUUUGGCAGAUAACAACACAGAUGUUCGUCUCAUUGGAGAGAAGCUGUUCCAUGGAGUCAAUAUGAGCGAUCGCUGCUAUCUGAUGAAGCAGGUGCUGAACUUUACUGUUGAAGAAGUGCUACUCCCCCAGUCUGAUAGAUUCCAGCCCUACAUGCAGGAGGUGGUGUCCUUCCUGGCCAGACUCAGCCAUGAGCUAAACCAGUGUCACAUUGAGCAUGAUGACCAGCAUAUUCGCAGAAAUGUGCAACAGCUGAAGGACACAGUGAAAAAGCUUGGAGAGAGUGGCAAAAUUAAAGCAAUUGGAGAACUAAAUUUGCUGUUUAUGUUCCUGAAAAAUGCCUGCGUUUGA